AUGUUCGCUACCAGAGUCCUCCGCCAGGCCGCCGCUCACGCCGAGCGUACCCCGAGCAUCAAGUUCCUCGGCCGCCGCUCCAUUCCUUGUACGUCUGCUCUAACUGAAGUUCUCACCAACGUCCGUUCCCACGAUACUAACAAGACCUCACCAGCUUCCAUCGACCACAGCCCCGCGCCUCACCCAGCUUCGCCCACCGGCAAGCUUCCCGCCAACUUUGGCAACGGCUCCGCCUCCCCCAAGCACACCAGCUUCAGCUCCUACCGCGACCACGCCCAGCAGCACGGUCCCCUCCAGCGCACCAUCGGUUCCGGCGUAGGUGGCUCUACCGGCCACCAGCUCGGCUCCGUCGUUCCCCCCUCUGGCGUCGCUUUUGACCGCUCCGAGCUCCCUGCCCGUUUCCGCCGCCAGCCCCUCGACAUGGCUGAGAUCGAGGCUGUCGAGUCCGGCGGCGCUGCCCUCUUCGGCUGA